GCGCCUCAGGUCAGCGCCGGGAGCCUGGAGCCCGGAAUCCGGAAGCAGUCGGUGCGGGAGCUCUGGUAGCCGGGAGUGCCAGUAGCGGGGAGCGCCGGGAGCCGGGAGCGUCAGACGCGAGGAGAGUCCCGAGUCUGGAGCGCCAGGAGCCGCGAGCGUCGGGAGUGGGCCGGAUCCCCUGGCAGGAUGACUAUAAGGAUCUUUGCAAAUUGUACCUUCUGUUUGAAAGUCAAGCACUUACCUCGUCAACAGAAGAAAAAGCUACAAAAUGACAUUAAGGAGAAUGGUGGAAAUUUUUCCUUUUUAUUAAAUCCUCAGUGCACACAUAUAAUCUUAGACAAUGCUGAUGUUCUGAGCCAGUAUCAACUGAAGUCUAUCCAAAAGAACCAUAUCCAUAUUAUAAAUCCAGAUUUUAUAUGGAACUCUAUCAAAGAAAGGAGGCUCUUGGACAUAAUGAAUUAUGAUCCUAAUAAGGCAGUGGACAUCACACCACCUCCUUGUCAAAAGACAAGCAGUUCUGAGGUGACAACAGAUGAUCCAUCCCUGGACGACUCCAUGGAGAAGGAAAACAUUGUGGAAUUCACAGAGUUUUAUAAAGACAUUGUUGAAAUUCCUCGUUUUCCACAAGACUUUGAAGUUGCAAAAUAUAACACCUUGGAAAAAGUAAGAGUCUGUAUUAAAAAACAAAAACAAACCGAGUGUCUUCUGAUUAUUUUUCCUACUAGAAAGUCCUCUGUAAAGAAAACCUCUGCAGAUGCAAGUGAAUACUACGAAAAUUACAUUGAAGAGCUGAAGAAACAAGGAUUUCUGCUAAGAGAACAUUUUACACCGGAAGCAACCCAAUUAGCAUCUGAAAAACUGCAAGCAUUGCUUUUGGAGGAGGUAAUAAAUUCAAGCACUCUGAGCAAAGAAGUGAGCGAUUUGGUGGAGAUGGUUUGGGCGGAAGCUCUCGGCCACCUGGAGCACAUGCUUCUCAAGCCUGUGAACAGGAUUAGUCUCCAUGACGUGAGCAAGGCAGAAGGACUUCUCCUUCUAGUAAAGGCAGCAUUGAAAAACGGAGAAACAGAAGAACAACUGCAAAAAAUGAUGACUGAGUUCUACACAUUAAUACCUCACAAAGGUACAACAACUGAAAAAGUGACCCUGAGACUAUUGGCUAAGAAAGAGGACCUCUGCCAGCUAAUAAGAGACAUGGUUAAUGUCUGUGAAACUAAUUUGUUCAAACCCAACCCCCCAUCCCUUGCCAAAUACCGAGCUUUGAGAUGCAAAAUUGAGCAUGUUGAACAAAACACUGAAGAAUUUUUCAGAGUUAGAAAAGAGGUUUUACAGAAUAAUCACAGAGGUCCAGUGGACAUCUUGCAGAUAUUUAGAGUUGGCAGAGUGAAUGAAGCCACAGAGUUUUUGAGCCAGCUUGGCAAUGUGAAGUCCUUACUGCAUGGAUCUCCUGUACAAAGCUUUGUAGGGAUCCUGUCCCGUGGGUUGCUUUUACCCAAAGUAGUUGAAGAUCGUGGCACAAAGAGAACAGACAUUGGAAAUCUUGGGAGUGGAAUAUAUUUCAGUGAUUCACUCAGCACAAGUAUUAAGUACUCCCACGCAGGAGAGACAGAUGGCACGAGGCUCUUGGUCGUCUGUGAUGUAGCCCUCGGGAAGUGCAUGGACUUGAACAAAAAAGACUUCUCCUUGUCGGAAGCACCACCAGGUUACGACAGUGUCCAUGGGGUGCGAGCAACGGCCACUGUCACCACAGACUUUGAGGAUGAUGAAUUUGUUGUAUAUAAAACCAAUCAGAUUAAAAUGAAAUAUAUUAUUAAAUUUUGUAUAUCUGGAGAUGAAAUAAAGGACUUUCAUCUUUGUAAUACUACUGAAGUAGAGGAAUACAGACCUGAGUUUUCAAAUUUUUCAAACGUUGAAGAUUAUCAGUUAGCAGAUGCCAAACCUUUCAGCAACAUCAAGUCUGGCCUGCAGGAUGUCUCUGGCAAUUCAGUUCCUCUUGAGGAUGUUCACAUCAAGGGAAAAAUAAUAGACUUCGUAGCCCAGGUCACUGUUUUUCAGACAUACACCAAUCAGAGUUCUGUGCCCAUUGAGGCAAGAUAUAUUUUUCCUUUGGAUGAUAAGGCAGCUGUGUGUGGUUUUGAAGCGUUCAUCAAUGGGAAGCACAUAGUAGGAGAGGUUAAAGAGAAGGAAGCAGCCCACCAUGAAUACCGAGAAGCCAUCAGUCAAGGCCAUGGCACGUACUUGAUGGAUCAGGAUGCACCCGAUGUUUUUACUGUUAGUGUUGGAAAUCUACCCCCUAAGGCUAAGGUCCUUAUCAAAAUUACCUACAUCACGGAACUCAGCAUCCAAGGCAGCAGGGCUGUCUUCUUCAUGCCCGCCACCGUGGCACCCUGGCAACAGGACAAAGUUUUGAAUGAAAACUUUCAGGAUACAGUAGAGAAGAUUUAUAUAAAGAAAAUAGGAACAAAACAAAGCUUCUCUUUGAGUAUGUCCAUUGAGAUGCCAUAUGAGAUUGAAUCCAUUUCUAGUGAUACACAUAAACUGAGACAAAAGCGCACAGACUGCAAAGCUGUAAUUAGCACCAUGGAAGAUAGCUCCUUAGACAGUGAUGGAUUCUCUCUUCACAUUGGUUUGUCUGACGCAUAUCCCCCAAGAAUGUGGGUUGAAAGACAUCCAGAAAAAGAAAGUGAGGCCUGCAUGCUUGUUUUUCAACCCGAUCUCGAUAUCACACUCUCUGACCUAGCCGAGAACAGUGAAGUGAUUAUUUGUCUCGAUUGCUCCAAUUCCAUGGAGGGUGCAACAUUCUUGCAAGCCAAGCAAAUUGCCUUAUAUGCUCUGUCCUUGAUGGGUAGGAAGCAAAAGAUCAACAUUGUCAAGUUUGGCACAGGUUACAAGGAAUUAUUUUCAUAUCCUAAGUACAUCACAAGCAAUAAUACACCAACAGAGUUCAUUAUGUCUGCUACACCUACCAUGGGAAAUACAGACUUCUGGAAAACGCUCCGAUAUUUAAAUCUACUGUACCCUUCUCAAGGCUUACGGAGCAUUCUCCUUAUAUCUGAUGGCCACCUCCAGAAUGAGAGCCUGACAUUGCAGCUUGUGAAAAGAAAUGUCCGGCACACCAGGCUGUUCUCCUGUGGUAUCGGUUCUACAGCAAAUCGUCAUAUCUUAAGGACUUUGUCCCAGUACGGUGCUGGAGUAUUUGAGUAUUUUAACUCAAAAUCCAAACAUAGUUGGAAAAAACAGAUAGAAGACCAAAUGACUAGGUUACAUUCUCCAAGUUGCCACUCUGUCUCCGUCAAAUGGCAGCAACUAAGUACAGAUGCACCUGAGCCUCUGCUGGCUCCAGCCCAGGUGCAGUCCUUGUUCCACAAUGAGCGACUCCUUGUCUAUGGAUUUAUUCCUCAUUGUACACAGGCAACUCUUUGUGCAUUGAUUCAAGAGAAAGAAUUUUCUACAGUAGUAUCAACUACCGAACUUCAGAAGACAACUGGAACUAUGAUCCACAAGCUGACAGCACGAGCUCUGAUCCGAGAUUAUGAAGAUGGCAUUCUCCAUGAAAAUGAAACAAAUCAUGAGAUGAAGAAGCAAAUCUUAAAAUCUCUGAUUAUUAAACUCAGUAAAGAAUACUCUCUCAUAACACAAUUUACAAGCUUUGUGGCAGUUGAGAAAAGGGAUGGUAAGGAGUCACCUUCUCCUAAUAUUCCAAAUAUUUUGGAACUUAUUGCCAAAGAAGAUGUAGAUUUUCUGCCAUACAUGAGCUGGCAGGAGGAGCCCAAUACCAGUGUGGCACAGCCUCUUUCAGCAUUCUUUGAAUGGAAUGAAGAACUGCAACAACCACAUUUGACUAACAGAAAGUUUAGAUCAUCUCAGCUGGAAGAUUCUGAAGAUUUUGAAGUCAAAUGCUCUACCACUGAGCUAUACCCCCAAGAUUCUGAAGAUUUUGAAGAUAGUUCCCAACUAUCAGAAAAACCUUUAACACUCAACUUUGAAUGUGGAGAUGUGGAAAAGCCAUUGGGUUUAAGUCAGAUGGAUUCAUUUAAACAACCACUAUGUAGAGAUGCCCCUUUCCUGAAACUGGCAGGUUGUUGCAGCAUUUCUGCUGCCCGUGGUUCAGCCCGUUUGGAAGAUGAGCCCUUUGACGGUUCUGGUUUCCGCCAUCCUCCCCGCUUAUGUUCUAAGAAGGUUGCUAGGAGUCUCAAACAGUUUGAUCCAUCUAAGAAUGACCAAGACCUUCAAGCUGACUAUUUGGGUGACAUUACCCCUGUGUCAUGUACCCCUUUCAGACUGCCUCCCACCUGUCUUGGUUCCUUUGCUUUUUCUGCUCUUGCAAGUACCUCAUUUAACUCCAGAGAGGUUAAUCUACCUGAAACUUAUCAAGGCCAUAAGACUGACAAUUCUGCUAGCAUUUUCCCUGAGUUGGACUCUCCCCUGCAGCCGAAUAUUCUUCUGCCUCCUCGUAGAGUUAGUUCUGCUGGUCCAUCCAGAGGGUUUGACGUUCAUUCCCUUUCUUGUUCUCCUCUUUAUUUUCAAAAUUCUCCAGUUCAUUCCAGAGCCAGUUACAAGCCACCAAUAGAUCUGUUUGCUAACACUGAAUUGGAGGGUUCUUUCCGUACAGAUCUUUCUGCUGGAAUUUCAUUAUCUGCUUCAAGUAAUGGAAGUUUUUCUGAAACAGAAAAUAAUGAAACACCAAAAUUUCUGGCAAGUCCUUUUUUUAAAAGAAAAAAAGUGGCAAAAUCUGAUAUAACAGGAAGUGACUUUACUGCAAGCUUUCAGGCACAAAAAGAUGAACAGAGCUGGAUGAAUUUUGUGCCUUGGACUGAACUCUUCAGGCUACAAACUGAGGAUGGCUUCUGGAAACUUACGCCAGAACUGGGAUUUAUAUUAAACCUUAAUAUAAAUAUUUUAAACAGCUUUCUUGAACAAAAAGGCAUUCGAUCUCUGGGUAAAAAAGGAAGAGAGCGUCUCCUGGACCUGAUCGCCACAUUUCUGGUGCUACAGUUUCUUCGCACCAAGUUGGAACAAAAGGGAAUAGUCUUCAGAUCACUGAUGAAAUUGGAUGAUGCUUCCAUUUCCAGGUGGUUUUAAUUAUAGUAUUAAGCAACUGGCUUAUAUUUCUGACCAUUUCUUAACUGAAUUUUGCAAGAAGCUACAUGGAAUUGUAAGAACAAAGAGAAUUUAUUCCCAGGGAAUAUCUUGCCUGCACUCUUCUGUCAUAGGCAGGGCAGAUGCAAUAUUUUGCCUCUUGGUUUCCAUGAAAAACCAGGGCUCAGAAUGUUUUAAGUGUAGCUUA